CGCGGGAUUUGGAAUGAAAGUUUUCCUACCCCUAGAAGAACAAAGGCUGACGAGACCUCUCUGCUCGAAGCAUCUGGAUUUGAGGUACCGCUGUCCCAAACCCCUCCAGAGCUUUAACAGUCUUGGUCAGACAUGGUUCGCUCAAUAAGACGAUGGAGAACGACGGUGAUCUUAGGCGCCCUCUUUUUCGUUUGUUUUCGGAUAUCAGAAAACUACUUUAAUGUGGACGAGCUCCACUCCAACAGCAAGGACGAUUCAUUCACUGAGGUUCAUAAAUCAAGAAACGUAAGAAUGCAGCCUCCUCUGGAGUUCCAGGCAGAACCUCCAGAAUCAAUGGAAGCUGUGUACAAGGAGGGAAAGGUGGGCAACUUUGAACCUGCCCCAGAGAGAGUCGUGGAAGGUCCUGGUGAGAUGGGAAAACCAGUAAAGACCACGACUCCAGACAAGGAAUCCUUAAUGCAUUACGGCUGUGACAUUAAAGUGAGCGACCAGAUUUCUCUGGAUCGUACCAUCCCUGACACAAGACAAGAAGAGUGCAAGUUCUGGCACUACCCGAGCAAUCUGCCGAGUGCCUCUGUGAUUGUCAUUUUCCACAAUGAAGGCAACUCCACGCUCCUGAGAACUAUCCACAGCAUCAUCAACCGCUCCCCACCCUCCCUCCUAAAAGAGCUGGUUCUUAUCGACGACGCAAGCACACGGGGUCAUCUUCUAGCACCAUUAGACAACUAUAUUCAACGUUUCAAUGGAUUGGUCAAAUUGUAUCGGAACAAAAAGAGACUUGGGGCUAUGGGUUCUCGGACGAGAGGGGCAAGGGAGGCAAUCUCUGAAAUCCUUGUGAUACUAGAGCCUCAUUGUGAGGUGAACGUAAACUGGCUACCACCGCUGAUUCAGAGAAUUGCUCUCGACAGAACGGCGAUGGCUCAGCCGACCGUUGAUGCCGUGCACUACCAAGACUUCACCUACAUUCCAAUUAUGAUGACCAUGGUGAAGGGCAUUUUCGAUUGGGGUCUUCGAUACAAAGAACAGGCAGCCACUGCCAAGGAGCAGGCACAGAAAUGGAAACAUCACUCGGAACCUUAUGGAACACCAACACACGCCGGUGGGUUGUUUGCAGUCGCCCGCAAACACUUCUUUGACAUCGGAGGCUAUGACGAGGGUCUACAAAUAUGGGGAGCAGAGGGCUUCCAGUUGUCUUUCAAGCAAUGGAUGUGCGGAGGUAAAUUUGAGAUGGUGCCGUGCUCUCGGGUGGGUCACAUCUACCAUUACACAAUGCCGUUCACCUUUAAAGUAUCCUAUUUAGAACACAACAACGUCCGUACGGCGGAAGGAUGGAUGGAUGAAUACAAGGAAUAUCUCUACGUUGAGUAUCCAGCCCUCAGGACGAUGAAGGUGAAUGUCACUGACCAGUUGGAACUCAGGAAGAGGCUUGGCUGUAAGAGCUUCAAAUGGUUCAUGGAGAAUGUGGCCUACGAUGUGGUGAAGGAUUAUCCUCUACCCCCAGCGAACGUAGUCUGGGGUAGUAUUAAAGAACGACAUGGAAGAGAAUGUUUGAGGAAAAUCGAUAAAGAGCUAAAACUCGGAGCCUGUGAUAAAUAUGGGGAAUAUUUCCGGUACAAUACAGCAGGACAGAUGUCUGUCGGAGAAUACUGCCUGGUUUUUAAACAAGAAAAGUUUUCGUUUCCCAUGUGUCCAGAUGGACAUAAACACCCAUGGGAGUGGAAUCAGGAAACUGGCUUAAUUCGACACCCAGUGCUCAAUAAGUGUAUCCAAAGUGAUCAAAGGCUGAUUCUUGUGGAGUGCAAUAACACGGUUCACAAACAACAGUGGGAUUUGGAGAAGCGGAAUUAAAGAGGUGAAACAUCGGCCUUAGUCUAUGAUGCAUCGGGAUUUAGAUUAUGAUACCCCGGGACUUAGACCAUGAUACCCCGGGACUUAGACCAUGAUGCCUCUAGACAGCUAUUACAGCGGUCUGUAAAUAAUCGGGUCUGGACCAGACAAUCCAGUGAUUGACAUCAUGAGCAUCGAUCCACGUAAUUGGGAUCGAUGACAUUCAUGAACCAAGUCAGCGAGCCUGACCACCCGAUCCCGUUUGUCGCCUCUUACGACAAGCAUAGUCGCCUUUUACGGCAAGCAUGGGUUGCUGAAAACCUAUUCUACCCCGGAUCUUCACGGGUCUACAAAGAUAUGAAAAUGGAUACACAAUUUCUAGUUUUACGUACUCUUUUACUGUCCUUUGUCGACAGAUAUUCAAUAAUAACUAACUUGUUCUCUUCGUGAUAUGGCUACAAUAUUGCCGAUGCGAUGUAAGAUUCUAGUCAGUUACUCACUCUAGUUGUAUGUGUUCGUGUACGAUUGAAUUAGAAGUGACGGAGCUAUUUCCAUAAUCGUAAAACGUAUCAGCUGAAAACAUAUUUCCGCAUUACAAUCCCGACUAUACCAUAAACACGUGUUUAUGAAUCAUUGCCACUUUAGACCCGUGAAGAUCCUGGUUAGAAUUGAUCUUUAUCAUCCAAUGCUUGUCGUGAGACACGGCUAAGGGGAUCGGGCGGGUUAGGCUCACUGACAUGGUUGAUGCAUGUCAUCAUAUCCCAGUUGAGGAGAUCGGUGUUCAUGAUGUCAAUCACUGGAUUGUCUUGGUCCAGGCGAUUAUUCGAUUAUUUACAUAUCAACGUCAUAUAGCUGGAAUAUUGCUAACAGCGGCUUUCAAAAACAAACAACCUACAAAACCUGACAGACAUUGUCAAUCAGAGAGACGGGCCCAAAUCAUCGACAGAAGCGGACGGCUUGAACGACUAGUCGUGGCGUUGGCCAACGCUUUCGCCUCACCAACGACAACGUCGACGAUAAGGAAUCGCUGUCCAACUUCCUGCCUGUGUACAAGUGACAGAGCAUGUCACCGCAACGCCAACAUUGGCCACUCGGUCCCAGUGUGCGUUCUGUCACGUGAAUACUGUCAACAUGACCUUUACGACCGUUAUUCCCAAUUAACAAUAAACAUGGCUGCUGCCUUCUUAUACUUUCA